CACGCCCCUCCGCCGACGUCACCCGGGCUCCGCAUCUGCUGCAGUCGCUGCGGGGAGGAGGCGGCGGCGCGAGCGCGGCAGAGAUGGCGUCCGCUACCGACUCCCGCUAUGGGCAGAAGGAAUCCUCGGACCAGAACUUCGAUUACAUGUUCAAGAUCCUGAUCAUCGGCAACAGCAGCGUGGGGAAAACCUCCUUCCUGUUCCGGUACGCCGACGACUCCUUCACGCCCGCCUUCGUCAGCACCGUCGGCAUCGACUUCAAGGUCAAGACCAUCUACCGGAACGACAAACGCAUCAAGCUGCAGAUCUGGGACACGGCCGGGCAGGAGCGGUACCGCACCAUCACCACCGCCUACUACCGCGGGGCCAUGGGCUUCAUCCUCAUGUACGACAUCACCAACGAGGAGUCCUUCAACGCCGUGCAGGACUGGUCCACCCAGAUCAAGACCUACUCCUGGGACAACGCCCAGGUGCUGCUGGUGGGGAACAAGUGCGACAUGGAGGAUGAACGUGUGGUCUCCUCGGAGAAGGGCCGCCAGCUCGCCGAGCACCUGGGGUUUGAGUUUUUCGAGGCCAGCGCCAAGGACAACAUCAACGUGAAGCAGACCUUCGAGAGGCUGGUGGACAUCAUCUGCGAGAAGAUGUCGGAGUCGCUGGACACGGCCGACCCCGCGGUCACCGGCGCCAAGCAGGGCCCCCAGCUCACGGACCAGCAGGCCCCCCCCCACCAGGACUGUGCCUGCUAGGGGCCAACCCCCCCCCCCCCCCCUCCGCCCCAAAAUCCCCCCCAAAAAAAACGGUCAGUGCACCCCAAACCCCCCACCCCCUCCCCCCCCCGAGCUCCUCCUCUUGGGGGUCCCACGGGGGCUUUUGCUGCUGAUACCUCCGAAAGGGCUGCGGCCCCUCUAGGAGCCCCCCACCCCAAUUCAUUAAGCUAUGCCCCCCACCCCUUAAUUUAUUUUUAAGCCCGGGCUGGUAGAAAACUCCCCCACCCCACCCUGUCACACCCCAUUCUGCUUUUAAUCACUGUCAAGAAACCAUCAUCACCCCCAGCCCCAUCUCCCCUGGUGACCCCCACCCUGUCCUGGCACCCCCUGCCCUGGAGACCCCCCCCCACCCUGUCCUGGUACCCCCUGCUCUGGGACCCCCUGUCCUGGUACCCCCUGCUCUGGAGACCCCCCCCUGUCCUGGUACCCCCUGCUCUGGGACCCCCUGUCCUGGUACCCCCUGCUCUGGGACCCCCUGUCCUGGUACCCCCUGCCCUUUCUCCUGCUCUGGGACCCCCUGCUCUGGGGUUUCCCCUGCCCUGGCCCCCCCCACCCUGCUCUGGAACCCCCUGUCCUGGGGAUCCCCCUACCCUGGGACCCCCUUCCCAGCGUGUGGGUGCUGUGACAGGACCCCCCCCACCCCCAAAAUCCCCCCACCCCGUGUGCCCCCCCCCCCCCCCUUGCCUUUACCCCGAGAGCUCCUGGUGCAGGGGGGCUCUUUGUGCCCGGCUUUCCUGCCCCUCCAGCUGGAUGGAUAUUUCCUGACUCUUGUUUAUUUGUAUAAAUAGAUGCUAAUUUAUGCUCCCGCCGUCUUCCUCCUUGUACAUACAGAAAUUCCUUGUAAAUAGGCGUAGGAAGUGACGCUGUGCGCGUGACCUGCUGUGCUGUGGCCGUGGUGGUGCAUUUAUAUAUAUAUAUAUAUAUAUAUUCUGAUUUUUUUUUUUGUUUGUUUCUCUCAGUGUGGUAACCUUGCUUGUGAAUAUCACUUUUAAAAAAAAAAAAACAACCCACCAAAAAAAAAAAAAAAAACAAACCACCACACCCCCCACCCCCUCCCCACAACCAAACAACAACAAAACUGUUAUUAUUUAAAUAAGAUUUUAAAAUGAAAAAUUAAUUCAAUACAUCAGCGAGGCCGAGCCAACUGGAGCGAAUCGGCCCCGGGUUGGGCUCGUGGGGGGUGAGCAGGGUUAGGACCGUGGCUGGUUUGCUCCAGGGAUUUGGGAUCUCGUGUUCCUGUAGUUCUGUGCUUCUGUGGAGACUGUGAAUAAGUGGAUAUUCCCGUAGCCAUGACAGAGCUGCCCUUUAUUUAUUUUUCCUGGAGCGCUGUGUCUUUAUUUUACAGAUUUCCCUCUAUUUCCUCCCUCCCCCCACCACGAUUCCAUCUCCUUCCCUCCCCUUUUCCCUCCCCUCCUCCUCCUUUUUGUGAAGUUUACUUAUGGAAGAGUUACACUGUACUGUACAAAUGUCAAAAGUGUCAAAAAGAGUACAAUUUCCUAAAAAUCACUGUAUUAAAAGAAAAUGUUGUGAAGAAAUAAACCAAUGCUGAUCAGAA